AUGGCUGAGGCUACCACAGACGCACCAAAGCCUGCAGAAAAACCACGGUUGAUCAGCGAAGCCGAUGUAACAAAGUACAAGACUGCUGGUGACAUCGUGCACGAUGUUAUGAAGAAACUGAUCGAGCUCUGCGUCGAGGGCGCAAAGAUCAUCGAUCUUUGUAUCGAGGGUGACAAGUUCAUUGAGGAGGGGACUGGUGGAGUUUACAAUAAAGCUGUGAAGGGUGUUAAAAUGGGCAAGGGCCUUGCAUUCCCCACAUCGAUUUCUGUGAAUAACACUGUCUCCCAUUUCUCCCCUCUGGCUUCAGAUCCCCUAUCAUCCCAGGCCCUUGCUAAGACCAUCGUCGUCGGCGCAUCCGAGCAAGAACCCGUAACUGGCAGAAAAGCAGACGUAAUCAAGGCAGCUUGGAAUGCAGCUGAGAUCGCCAUGAGGCUCGUGAAGGUUGGCAACAAAAACUUUACGGUCACCGAUGCCGUUGCGAAAACUGCUGCGGCGUGGGAUUGCAAGCCUGUUGAAGGCAUGCUCUCUUGUCAGCAGUCGCAAAAUGUCAUUGAUGGCAAGAAGCGCAUCAUUCUGAAUCCGAACGAAGCGCAGAAACGUGAUAUUGAGUCGAUCACGUUCGCGGAAGACGAGGUUUAUGGAAUUGAUAUUCUCAUUUCCUCAGGAGAGGAUGGCAAGGCACGUAUCGAGGAUUCUCGGACGACCAUCUACCAAAAAGAUAGCUCAGUAACUUAUCAGCUGAAGAUGAAGAACUCGCGUGCGGUGUUCUCUGAAGUGCAGAAAAAGGCUGGCGCCUUUCCAUUCAACGUUCGUGCACUGGAGGAUGAGAAGAGAGCAAGACUUGGUCUUCAAGAGGCCGUGCAACAUGGCUUGAUCAAGCCGUAUGAAGUCGUGUACACUCCUGCAAACACAUUUGUGGCAGCAUUCCACUUUACGAUCGCAUUAGUUCCUGCCGGCCCGCUGCUGUUGACUCACCCUCCGGUGUGGUACAAGCCAGAGCUGGUGAAGGCUGAGAAGGAGUUGGAAGAUGAUGAGCUCAAAAGCCUGUUGACCAAGUCCCUCCGUGAGAGCAGAAAGAGUAAGAAGAAGGCAAAGGAAGCUGAGGGUAACGCGGAUGACGUAUAA